AUGGCAGUUCGGUAUCGAUUGAAAAGCAAAUUGCCUGAAAACAAAAAGACUAUUAAUCACGAGCAACCAGUUAUUGGAACCAAUCCAGCUGUUAAAUUUGCAAGUCUUCCAAUAGAAUAUAACCCUGAAAAAGAAAUACGAGAUAAUAAUUCGUCUUCAUCAUCAGAAUCUGAGCGUGAUACAGAAGAUCAUCAUUCAUCAUCAGAAUCUGAGAGCGAUACAGAAGAUCAUCAUUCAUCAGCAGAAUCUGAGAGUGAUACAAAAAAUCAUCAUUCAUCAUCAUCUGAACCUGAAAACGAAAUAACAAAUAUUAAUUCAUCAUCUUUAAUAAUGUCUUCGACGUCAAAACGAAGCGAUUGGAGAAAAGAUCAAUCCAGUAUAGGUCUUUUAUUAUUUCUUUACAUAUUACAAGGUGUUCCACUUGGUAUGGCUGCAUCUAUACCUUUAAUUAUUCAAACACAUGGUACAAGUUGGUCUCAACAAGCAACAUUUUCAUUUGCAUUUUGGCCAUUUAGUCUUAAACUUCUUUGGGCACCGAUUGUCGAUGCACUAUAUUUUAAAAGAUAUGGGCGAAGGAAAUCAUGGCUUAUACCAGUACAAUAUUUAAUUGGCUUUGUUAUGAUUCUACUAUCAUAUCAUAUUAAUGAUUUAUUGUAUUCAACAGAAACAUCAGUAAUAAGUCAAUCGCAUAUUUAUUAUCUUACGGCAGUAUUUUUCGGUUUAUCAUUUCUUGCAGCUACACAAGAUAUUUGUGUUGAUGGUUGGGCACUUUCAAUGCUUUCUAGAGAAAAUGUUGGUUGGGCAAGUACAUGUAAUUCUGUUGGUCAAACAGCUGGCUAUUUUUUAGGCAAUGCCGUUUUUCUUGCAUUUGAAUCGAAAGAUUUUUCAAAUCUAUACGUACGACGACCAUUACAUAUGGAAUUUCAACCAACUGGAUUGAUUACAUUACCCGGUUUUCUUACAUUCUGGGGAAUAGCUUUUUUAAUCUCAACCACAUUAGUCGCUUUAUUAAAACAUGAAAUCGAUGAAAGUUAUGAUCCCAACGAUCCUCAUUUUAAUCUCGGUGAAACAUAUAGAGUCCUUCUUAAAGCUCUUCGUCUACCGUCCGUCCGAUCUAUGGCACUAAUUUUGUUGACAGCUCGAGUAGGUUUUGCUGCAACAGACUCAAUGACUGGAUUAGAAUUAGUUGAACGUGGUGUGACACGCGAAUCGUUAGCUCUAUUAGCAAUACCAAUAACACCAUUACAAAUUGUUUUACCAUUCAUAAUAUCAAAAUAUACAACUGGACCACAACCAUUAAAUAUUUAUAUCAAAUCAUACCCAUUCCGGGUGAUGGUCGGUAUCAUUAUGGCUGUGUUUGUUUAUAUUACACCAUCAUUUCAAAAUUCAGAUAAAACAUUUCCUUGGUAUUAUUAUACUUUGGCGAUUAUUAUCUAUGCAAUACAUCAAAUAUUUCUAUACAAUAUGUUUGUUUCUCAGAUGGCUUUUUUUGCUCUAGUUAGCGAUCCAAAAAUUGGUGGAACAUAUAUGACAUUACUUAAUACACUGUCCAAUCUUGGGAGAGAUUGGGCUUCAACAACAAUUUUAUAUCUAGCUCAUUAUUUAACGAAUAAGAAAUGUUCAAUAGGUAGUACUCGAUGUGUAACAGAAAUUGAAGAAAAAACCUGUCAAAAGUUAGGAGGUACCUGUGACGUGUCUGUAGAUCCAUAUUACAUUGAAGUAUUCAUGUGUACUGCAAUAGCUAUUAUUUGGUUUCUAUGGAAAUAUCGAGCACUACUGCAUUUACAAUAUUUACCGAUGAGUGCAUGGCAACAUUUUCCUCUUCGAAUAUACGAAAUAAAACUUAUCGAUUUGCUUUGCCUCCGAAAAAAAGGAAUAGAUGAUGCAAUGUUUAAUAUCAAUGCAUGCAAUAUGAUGAAAUCGCUUUUCACAACGCGUAUUCCAAUAUUGCUUUGUCGACUUCAUCGUCUUCAGGCUCGUUCAUUUUCAGUUUCACUUAAUUUUCAUAAGUCUUGGCAAAAGAUUCAAAAGCAAUACAUGGCAGAACCAGAAGCAAAAUCAACGCUUGCGGAAUUAAAUCCACCACCAGAGUACAUUCCAGAGCGCAUUAAAAUUUGGCAAGAACUAAAAACAAAAUAUCACGAUUAUGUUGCUGCUCAACCACAAGUUGAUAUUACAAUUACUUUACCCGAUGGGAAAAUCUUACCUGGUAAAUCAUGGAAGACAACUCCUCAUGAAAUUGCCAUGGGUAUCAGUCAAGGAUUGGCUGCUGCCACUGUUAUUGCCAAAGUGAAUGGUGAUUUAUGGGAUCUUGAUCGACCAUUUGAAAAAGAUGCAACAUUAGAGUUAAUUAAAUUUGAUGAUGAUCAAGGAAAACAAGUAUUCUGGCAUUCAACUGCACACAUUAUGGGUGAAGCUAUGGAAUUAUGCUAUGGUGGUUGUCUAUGUUAUGGACCACCCAUUGAACAAGGCUUUUACUAUGAUAUGUAUCUUGAAAAUCGAACUGUAUCGGGUCUUGAUUAUGAUCCAUUGGAAAAAGUAAUGAAAAAAAUCGUUAAAGAGGAACAACCGUUUGAACGAUUAGAAAUUUCCAAAGAAGAUCUAUUACGUUUAUUUGGAUAUAAUCCAUUUAAAGUUCGAAUUCUGAAUGAAAAAGUGCAUACACCAACGACUACUGUUUAUCGAUGUGGUCCUUUGAUUGAUCUUUGUCGUGGUCCACAUAUUCGUCAUACGGGAAAAGUAAAAGCUUUUUCAAUUACAAAAAACUCUUCGACCUAUUGGGAAGGUGAUCAAGCACGUGAAACUCUACAACGUAUUUAUGGAAUUUCCUUCCCUGAUACAAAACAACUUAAGGAAUGGAAACAUCUUCAAGAAGAAGCAGCUAAACGAAAUCAUCGAAAAAUUGGUGUUGAACAAGAUCUUUUCUUUUUUCAUGAACUAAGUCCUGGUUCAUGCUUCUUCUAUCCAAAGGGAGCUCAUAUUUACAAUAAGCUUAUUGAUUUUCUUCGAGCUGAAUAUCGUAAACGUGGUUAUCAAGAAGUUAUCUCACCGAAUAUUUACAAUGCCAAAUUAUGGAAAGUAUCUGGACAUUGGGAUCAUUAUUCUGAAAAUAUGUUCAAAACCGAAAUUGAAAAAGAAGUCUAUGCACUUAAACCAAUGAAUUGCCCAGGCCAUUGUCUUAUAUUCUCGUCACGUCUUCGUUCGUGGCGUGAAUUACCAUUGCGUAUGGCUGAUUUUGGCGUUUUACAUCGCAAUGAAGCUUCCGGAGCGUUAAGUGGUCUUACACGUGUGAGAAGAUUUCAACAGGAUGAUGCACAUAUAUUUUGUGCUCAAUCACAAAUAAAAACUGAAAUUGAAGGUUGUCUAGAUUUCUUGAAACAAGUUUACGGUAUAUUUGGUUUUACAUUUGAAUUAAAAUUAUCAACGCGACCCGACAAAUUCUUGGGAGAAAUCGAAACGUGGAAUUUAGCUGAAAGUCAACUUAGUGAAGCUCUUAAUUCGUUUGGCUAUCGAUGGAAAAUUGAUCCAGGCGAUGGUGCUUUUUAUGGACCAAAAAUUGAUAUUACUAUUCGAGAUGCUUUACAACGAGCUCAUCAAUGUGCAACAAUUCAACUUGAUUUUCAAUUGCCUCAACGCUUUCAACUUCAAUUUCAAACCAAUGAACAAGGCGAACUUCAAUCACCAGUUAUUAUUCAUCGAGCUAUUCUGGGUUCAAUGGAACGCAUGCUUGCUAUUCUUACGGAAUCAUUUGGUGGAAAAUGGCCUUUCUGGUUAUCACCUCGUCAAAUGGCAAUCGUACCGAUAUUUCCAUCAUUGGAUUCGUAUGCUCAAGAAGUUCAAAAGAAAUUAUGGCUAGCAGGUUUUCAAGUUGAUUGUGAUUUAGGUUGGUCGUCAUAA